AUGCCUGGCCACAUAGUAAAGAGUUCGGAGCCCGACCCCGACCCGUCAGAGUGGUUAUACGUGUCUGCCGAACAAAAACUGCUCGAUCAGAAUAAGCCCUACGACCCAAAGAAGUUUUGCUGGGUGCCUGAUGCAAAUGAGUGUUAUCUUCAGGGCGAGAUCCAGGAAGCAAAUGGCGACCUGAUGACAGUUACUCUUUCUACCGGGGAAGCAAAAUGUUUUAAAAAAGAUCUGGUGCAACAAGUUAAUCCCCCCAAGUAUGAGAAAUGUGAAGACAUGUCUGACUUGACAUAUCUGAACGAUCCUUCCGUCCUAUACAACCUGAAGACCCGCUACCAGGCCAAGCUCAUCUACACCUACUCUGGCCUCUUCUGCAUCGCCGUCAACCCCUACAAGCGUUACCCCAUCUACACCAACCGCGCCGUCAAGAUCUACCAGGGCAAAAGGCGUAAUGAAGUUCCUCCUCAUCUUUUCGCCAUUUGCAACGGUGCUUACACGAACAUGUUAGAAGCCGGAGGGAAUCAGUCCAUGCUCAUCACUGGUGAGUCCGGUGCUGGUAAAACAGAGAACACAAAAAAAGUCUUGUCUUAUUUUGCUAACGUCGGCGCCUCCACCAAGAAGAAGGAUGAAAGUAAACCGAAUCUGGAGGAUCAGAUUGUGCAAACCAACCCCGUCUUGGAGGCCUUCGGAAACGCCAAGACCGUCAGAAACGACAACUCUUCUCGCUUCGGCAAGUUCAUCCGCAUCCACUUCGGCCCCAACGGCAAGCUCUCGGGCGGCGACAUCGAGGUGUACCUGCUGGAGAAGGCUCGCGUCAUCUCGCAGCAGCCGCUCGAGCGAUCCUACCACAUCUUCUACCAGCUCAUGUCUGAUCAGAUCCCAGAGAUCAAGCCUAUGUGUCACCUGAGUAACAAUAUCUACGACUACCAUUUCGUGUCUCAAGGAAAAGUGACCGUACCAACCAUUGAUGACAAAGAAGAGAUGCAGUUCACACAUGAAGCGUUUGAAAUCCUAAACUUUUCGAACGAGGAGAGGAACGACUGCUACAAAGCCACUUCCGCCGUCAUGCACUUCGGAGAACUGAAGUUCAAGCAAAGGGGUCGCGACGAGCAAGCCGAGCCCGAAGAAACUCUGGCCGGUGAGAACGUAAGUGCACUGCUGGGAGUCGAUGCUCCGGAUUUAUACAAAAACCUUACGAAGCCAAAGAUCAAGGUCGGAGCGGAAUUCGUCACUCAGGGAAGGAACUUGGAGCAAGUGAAUUUUGCCGUGGGUGCUCUGUCCAAGGCGAUAUUUGAGCGCGUCUUCAAGUGGAUCGUGAGGAAAUGCAACCAGACCCUCGAAACCGGCCAGAAACGAGUUAAAUUCAUCGGCGUCCUGGAUAUAGCUGGUUUCGAAAUCUUUGACUUCAACGGCUUCGAGCAGAUCUGCAUCAACUUCUGUAACGAGAAGUUGCAGCAGUUCUUCAACCACCACAUGUUCGUGCUUGAGCAAGAAGAGUACAAGAGGGAAGGCAUCAACUGGGUCUUUGUCGACUUCGGUAUGGAUCUGCAGGCUUGCAUUGAGCUCUUCGAGAAGAAACUAGGCGUUUUGUCCGUCCUCGAGGAAGAGUCGAUGUUCCCAAAGGCGACAGACAAGUCAUUUGAAGAGAAACUGAACGCCAACUGUCUCGGCAAGUCGCCCUGCUUCCUCAAGGCCAAACCUCCCAAGCCAGGCCAGGCUGAGGGUCACUUCGCCAUCGUUCACUACGCCGGCACUGUGACUUACAACCUGAGUGGCUGGCUGGAGAAGAACAAGGACCCCCUCAACGAAACCGUCGUGGACCAGCUCAAGAAGGCCAGCAAUAAACUUAUUGUGGAGCUCUUCGAUGACCAUCCUGGCCAGUCAGGAUCUACGGAAGGCAAAGGCGGCAAAGGGAAAUCACCUGCUGGAUUCAAAACGGUCUCUCUGGGAUAUAAGGAGCAGCUGAACAACCUGAUGAGGACGCUGAACGCCACUCACCCGCAUUUUAUCCGCUGCAUCGUGCCCAACGAAACCAAAUCACCAGGUGUUGUUGAUUCUGGCCUUAUCAUGCACCAACUGACCUGCAACGGCGUGCUCGAAGGCAUCCGUAUCUGCCGCAAGGGCUUCCCCAACAGGAUGCCUUACUAUGACUUCAAACGUCGAUACGCUAUUUUAGCUUCUAAAGCCAUGGCUGAGUGCACGGAUAACAAGAUGGCUGCAGCUGUAUGUCUUUCAGCCGUUGAACUCCCUGAAGAGAGCUAUCGACUUGGUAACACUAAGGUGUUCUUCCGUGCUGGAAUGCUUGGCCAGCUCGAAGAAAUUCGUGAUGACCGACUGGGUAAAGUAUUGGCGUGGCUUCAGGCUUGGAUUCGAGGCUUCAUAAGUCGAAAGGUCUAUCAGCAGCUCCAGGAACAACGCAAAGCCCUCAUCGUCGUGCAGCGUAACCUGAGGAAGUACAUGAAGCUUCGUAACUGGGCUUGGUACCGUAUGUGGCAGAUGGUGAAGCCGCUCCUCAACGUCACGCGUAUCGAGGACGAGAUGCAUGCUCUCGAGGAGAAGGCGGCCAAGGCAGAGGAGGACUAUGAACGGGAAGCGAAACUUCGAAAGGAACUCGAAGCAACAAACGUAGCUCUUAUGGAGGAAAGGAACAAUCUGCUUGUGGCUUUAGAAUCUACCCAAGGCAAUGCAUCGGAGUACCUCGACAGGGAAAAUAAACUUCAGCGGCAGAAGACUGAACUGGAGGGUCAACUUAAUGAAACGAUGGAGCGUCUAAAAGAAGAAGAGGAAGCACGAAGUAAACUGAUGGACCUCAAGAAGAAAGCUGAACAAGACAUCGGCAACCUCAAGAAGGAUCUCGAAGACUUCGAAUUAUCGCUGCAAAAAGCUGAACAGGAAAAGGCUUCCAAAGAUCACCAAAUCCGCAGCCUUAAUGAAGAAAUGGCCCACCAAGACGAACUGAUAGUCAAAGUUAACAAAGAAAAGAAACAGCUUCAAGAGUGUAACAGGAAAGUUUCUGAGGACGUUCAGACUGUGGAAGACAAAUGCACGCAUCUCAACAAGGUCAAGGCUAAACUGGAACAGUCUCUUGAUGAACUUGAAGAUUCAGUUGAACGUGAGAGGAAACUGCGCGGUGAACUUGAGAAAACAAAGAGAAAAGUUGAAGGCGACCUCAAGCUUACCCAAGAAGCUGUGGCGGACCUGGAGCGCAACCAUAAGGACCUUGAUCUGGCUAUUCAGCGAAAAGACAAGGAAAUUGCUGCCCUUGCCACCAAAGUCGAGGAUGAACAGAACUUAGUCUCCAAGCUGAAUCGACAAAUUAAGGAGCUCCAAGUCCGCAUUGAAGAACUGGAGCAAGAGGUGGACGAGGAGCGGCAAGGAAGAUCAAAGGCUGAGAAGUCGAAAACGGCGCUCGUGCGAGAACUUGAGGAAAUCAGCCAGCGUCUGGACGAAGCUGGCGGCGCAACUGCCAUGCAAAUUGAACUGAACAAGAAGCGUGAAACAGAACUCGUCAAGAUUCGCCGCGAUUUUGAAGAAGCGAACAUUCAGCACGAGGCCGCCAUAGCCAGCCUUCGGAAGAGACACAGCGAUGCGGUCGGCGAACUAACGGAACAAGUCGAAAAUCUCAACAGGCUGAAGGCGAGGAAUGAAAAGGAAAAGGCUACUCUAAAGCGAGAAAACGAAGAUACUCGACUGGCUAUGGACGAACUUCUUCGGGACAAGGUGAGCGCCGAGAAGAUGAGCAAACAGCUGAUGCAGAUGAACAGCGAGCUGCAGGCCAGGCUGGACGAGGCCAACCGGACCCUCAACGAUCUGGAUCUCUCGAAGAAGAAGCUCGCCGUUGAGAAUUCCGAUCUCAUUCGCCAGCUGGAUGAGUCCGACAACCAGAACGCUCAGCUCUCGAAGAUGAAGUUGUCACUCUCGAAUCAGCUUCAGGACACGCAGAAACUGGCGGAGGAGGAGUCUCGGGAACGCACGACGCUGCUAGGCAAAUUCCGCAACCUCGAGCACGACGUCGACGGCCUUCGGGAACAGCUGCAGGAGGAGAGCGACGCCAAGGCUGACCUCCUGCGCCUGCUGUCCAAGGCCAACGGGGACGUCCUUAUGUGGCGCUCCAAGUAUGAGUCGGAGGGCGUAGUCCGCGUGGAGGAGCUCGAGGCUUCGCGCUCCAAGCUCGCAGCGCGACUAGAGGAAGCGGAGAACCAGAUCGAACAGCUCAACAUUAGAAAUGUCAAUCUUGAAAAACUGAGAGAAAGGGCCUCCGCGGAUGUCGAAAGCAUGCAGAUCGCCCUCGAACGCGCGCAGACAUUGGCGAGCACUGCCGAAAAGCGACAGAAGAACUUUGACAAAAUUAUAAGCGAAUGGAAGACGAAGGUUGAUGAUCUUGGAGCCGAGCUCGAUUCUUCCCAGAAGGAAUGCCGCAACUACUCCACAGAGCUAUUCCGCGUGAAGGCCGCCUAUGAAGAGAACCUCGACCAAAAUGACACCAUUCGCCGCGAGAACAAGAACCUCUCCGACGAAAUCAAGGACUUGAUGGAUCAAAUCGGCGAGGGCGGACGUUCUCUUCACGAAGUUCAGAAAACGGCAAAGAGAUUUGAAAUUGAAAAAGAAGAACUACAGUCUGCACUUGAAGAAGCCGAAGCUGCCCUUGAGCAGGAAGAAAAUAAGGUUCUUCGGAGCCAGCUGGAAUUGAGCCAAUUCAGACAAGAGAUCGAGAGACGCAUCCAAGAGAAGGAGGAAGAAUUCGAUAACACACGGAAAUGUCAUCAGCGAGCACUGGACUCUUUGCAAGCAUCCCUUGAGGCUGAGGCGAAGGGCAAGGCGGAAGCUGUUCGCAUAAGGAAGAAACUUGAAUCCGACAUCAACGAGACGGAACUUGCAUUGGAACACUCAAAUAAGGCGAUCUCUGACCUGCAAAAGCACGUCAAGAAAAUGCAGACCGAGUUGAGAGAACUGUCCCUGGCGAUCGAGGAGGAGCAGCGUCAGUCGUCCGAAUAUCGCGAACAGUACAGCAUCGCCGAGCGCCGCGCUAACGCCCUCGUGGGUGAGCUCGAGGAGACACGCACCCUCCUCGAGCAGUCUGACCGCAGUCGCCGCCAGGCCGAGGCUGACCUUUCGGACGCACAGGAACGCAUCGGGGAACUGUCAACGCAAAAUGGCAACCUCUUUCUGUUCAAGAGGAAACUGGAAAGCGAGUUGCAGACUGUUCAGGCUGACCUCGACGAGAUGAUGAGCGAAACGAAGCACUGCGAGGAGAAGGCCAAGAAGGCCAUGAUCGACGCCGCCCGCCUCGCCGACGAACUUCGCUCCGAGCAAGAGCACGCUCAGGUCCAGGAGAAGAUGCGCAAGGUCGCAGAAGUCGCCGUAAAGGAACUGCAAGUUCGCCUCGAAGAAACAGAAAACUUCGCUCACAAGACUAGCAAGCAGACGAUUGAGAAGCUGGAGAGCCGCGUGAGAGAGCUGGAGGCUCAGCUGGAAAGGGAGUCUACUCAGCACGUCGAGGCGCAGAAGACACUAAGAAAGUGCGAGCGACGCAUCAAGGAGCUCGGCUUCCAGUCCGACGAGGACAAAACGAAUCACGAAAGGAUGCAGGAUCUCGUUGACAAACUCCAGCAAAAGGUGAAGACGUACAAGCGACAGAUCGAGGAGGCAGAAGAGAUCGCUGCUCUGAACCUCGCAAAGUUCAGGAAAGCUCAGCAGGAGCUGGAGGAGAGGGAGGAUCGUGUUGACACCGUUGCCAUGCAAAGGGAUUACACAAGCAUGCAUAGAGACGUUCACAACAUGCACAGAGAGGUUUCCAUCUCCCGUCUAAUGGAGAAUCUUGGCCCUCAUGUUCCUCCUCAAUAAAGACCACAUAUGUGAUGCAUAAGGACAAUCGUAUGUUGUCCCAUUAACCAUAUUUUCUUAUAUAGGUCUCGGGCAUCAAAGUAAGUCUCGUGCAUAAGAUGUACAAAAUCCAAUGAUUAUUAAAUAACUAAAUCGGCAAUAAGGAGACAUAAUGUCGGUAAUGUUGAUACCGAAAAGAGAAGUAGCAAUUAAAAUAGUUAAUUAUAGGAUGCUUUGUUUCUUGAAUACUAAAUAAACCUUAUUUGGGAA